AUGAGUCGUCACGGUGAUUUCGAUGCGGUCCAAAAGGAUAUCGCCGCUCAACUCCAGAAGCCCGGAUAUGAUGACGGUAGCGCAGGUCCAGUCUUUGUGCGCCUAGCAUGGCACUCUUCCGGUACAUAUGACGCCGAGUCCGACACCGGCGGCUCGAACGGCGCCGGCAUGCGUUACGAGGCAGAGGGUGGCGACCCGGCUAACGCUGGUCUUCAGCAUGGCCGUGCUUUCCUCGAGCCGAUCAAGGAAAAGCACCCGUGGAUCACCUAUUCAGACUUGUGGACAUUGGCGGGUGUCGUCGCGAUUAAGGAGCUUGGCGGUCCGGACAUUCCCUGGCAGGGGGGCCGAACCGACCUGGUCGAUGACUCCAAGGUGCCUCCCCGGGGGCGUCUCCCCGACGGAGCUCUGGGUGCCGAUCAUUUGCGAUUCAUUUUCAACCGUAUGGGCUUCAAUGAUCAAGAGAUUGUUGCGUUGGCUGGAGGUCACAACCUUGGUCGCUGCCACGGUGACCGCAGCGGAUUCGAGGGUCCCUGGGUGACGAAUCCCACUCGAUUCUCCAACUCUUUCUUCAAGCUUCUGCUGCAACUCGACUGGAAGCCACGCAAGCUGGCCACAGGAAUGACUCAAUUCGUGUAUGAGGAUCCGGAUGCGGAGGAGGAUGAGGAGCCCCUCAUGAUGCUGCCCACCGACAUGGCACUGAAGACCGACCCCGGCUUCCUGCCCUGGGUCCAGCGAUACGCUGAGGACAAGGAGCUGUUCUUCGAUCACUUUGCCAAGGUGUUUGCCAAGCUGGUGGAGCUCGGUAUCAAGCGUGACGCUCAGGGCAAUGUGAUCAACACCGACAAUCAGCUCGGUGGCUACGUGUCCGCUCCGAAGAAGAGCAACGUGCCCACUGGUCCAACCAAGGGCCAGCCUCGUGCCCGUCUGUAA